AAAAUAUUUGCAUUUUUACCAAAGCAAUUUUCAAAACACUAAAAGCUGGUUAGUUCAGUUCCGACGCUGGUAGAAGAAGUGAUGAAAAGGUUAAAUAAAUAAAUAUUAAUUGUUGGCGACAUUUUUUAAACAAAAAAAAAAUAAGUUUUUAAGAAUAAUUUAAAAUCAAAGCACAAUCAUUAAAUGGCUUGGCGUUAUGCGUUUUCUAUUUCCGGAGUACUCAUACCAAUCUCUCUUCUCUACACCUACUACCGCUACAAGUUCGGUUAUUUUGAGCGUCGCGGCAUACCACAUAUUAAAGCGGAUAUAAAUAUCUUUCUCAAGCAGCCUACCAAGGACUUACUACAAAGUGCCUAUAACACCUUCCAAAACAGCACGCCUAUUGCCGGCGUGUUCUUAAGCACUACACCUGUGCUGGUCAUACUCGAUCUGGAGCUGGUCAAACGCGUGCUUGUCGAUGACUUUGCAAGCUUCAGUGAUAGGUUAAAUUUAGAAAACUCCAGCGAUUUACUACACGCCACGGAUAAUAAGCAAUGGCAAGCCAUACGUCGAAAGCUGACGCCCUGUUUCUGGUCGGCAAAGAUGAAUCUUAUAUUUGCAAAUGUUUGCAAAGCUGCUGAAAAUUUUCUAGAUAACAGCGAAGAGUUUUUGAGAAGCGUUGAGGUAGACUUUAAACCCUUGUGUACGCGGUAUGCUGCCAAUGCUUUAAUGCGUUGUGUUUUUGGUUUGGAGCUCGAUAAUGCGGAUGAGUCAACGAUGACGUUACACUUGCGCAUAAAAGACCUACUGAAACGUGAGUGUGAGGCACGACUCUCGGCCAAUGAUAAUAAUAUGUUGCCCGGUGUUUGUUGUAUAAAGCGUACACACGCCCAAACAGUGAGUGCGGAGAGUUUCAGUGUUGAACUUGAAACUCUUUUGUUCGCGGCAGUGGAAGAGCGAAGUGAAGGAAGUCCCCAGCACAGUGAUCUAAUACAAAUACUCAUCAAUUUGCUAGCUGCCGAACAAAGUGACUCGGCUGUGGUGAAUCGUAGGGAGUGUGUCUUUCAAGCCAUACAUUUAGUCACACAAUCGCUCAGCACGCUACUCAGCGGUUUUGCGCACUCAGCGAACAUUUUAAUGCAUUGCUUAAACGAACUCGCGCGCAACGAUGAAGUGCAGCUUGCAUUACGUCAGAAUAUCACAAGCGUGCUGCAGUCAUAUGCGCAAGAUUUUAGCUACGAAGCGAUGGGUCAUAUGCACUACCUGGAUCAGGUGGUCGCGGAAGCUCUGCGCAAACACCCUGUCGCUGAGGCGCUGUCACGUCUCUCACUGCACGAUUACCACAUACCAGGCACCGCCCUAACAAUUGAGCGCAACACCUGUGUUUUAGUGCCCGUACAAGCCAUACACUACGACCCGAAUAUUUACCCGGUGCCCGCACAAUUCGAUCCGUCGCGGUUUGAUGCUGCCACUGUGAUGGCCCGCCACACCUGCGCUUAUCUACCGUUCGACGAUGGACCACGUAAUUGCAUGGGCAAGCGUUUGAGUAAAAUGCUUAUCAAGGUGGCGCUUGUCAAGCUGUUGCACGUUCGCCGACUGAAAGAGAUUGCACGUGUUGAGCGAGAGUCGGUAAAUGAAGAAAAUUUUCGAAUGGACACGAAUGAGUUUCGCAUCAAGCUGCAAAGCCUUUAAGAUAUUAAAAAAUAAUAAUAUAUUUAAAUAUUAAAUACUGAA